UAAUAGCAACAGAGACUGAGAGCAUCGGCGCAGCACUAUAAACAUGGAUGACGGGCAGUAAAGAUGCCUGGAAAGAUUUAAGGCCAAACCUGUUUCUCUUUGUGCACGGCGCAGGAUUUUAAGCUGUGUUUAUGUUGUUGCUUUUGAGACGUGACGUGCCCUUGUUUGAUCAGUUUGAGGGAAAAGUUUCCAGGAUGGCUCCUGGAUCGCUAGCCACGGCGGCCCCUAUGGGGCCCAACAUUUCCUGGUUUCCAGAGGUUCCUCUGCUCACACCGGAGCAGCCCAUCUUCCUAAUGACGACCACAGCUCAGGCAUUGUCUGGUUUAUUUGUGUGGACAGCACUUCUACUUACCUGCCACCAGAUCUACAUGCAUCUGCGUUACUACAGUUCUCCCAAAGAGCAGAGACAUAUAGUACGCAUCCUAUUCAUCGUCCCCAUCUAUGCCUUUGACUCCUGGCUCAGCCUCCUCUUCUUUACCAACGAUCAGUACUAUGUUUACUUUGACACAGUCAGAGAUUGCUAUGAGGCAUUUGUGAUCUAUAAUUUCUUGAGUCUUUGUUAUGAAUAUCUUGGAGGUGAAAGCGCUAUAAUGGCUGAGAUCAGAGGAAAACCCAUUGAGUCGAGCUGUAUAUAUGGAACAUGUUGUCUUUGGGGCAAGACGUACUCGAUUGGCUUCCUUAGAUUCUGCAAACAGGCAACUUUACAAUUCUGUGUUGUCAAACCGCUGAUGGCUGUGAUUACAGUCAUCCUGCAGGCUUUUGGGAAAUACCGCGAUGGUGACUUUAACGUCAACAGUGGUUAUCUAUACGUGGCCAUCAUCUAUAACAUCUCCGUCAGCCUGUCCCUCUAUGCCCUCUUCCUGUUUUACUUUUCCACCCGAGAUCUCCUUAGUCCCUACAGACCCAUGCUGAAGUUCCUCAUGGUCAAAUCUGUCAUCUUCCUCUCAUUCUGGCAAGGAAUGCUGCUGGCCAUUCUGGAGAAAUGCGGUGCAAUUCCUCAGAUCAGCUCUGCUGAGGUUUCUGUCGGUGAAGGGACUGUCGCAGCCGGCUACCAGAACUUCAUCAUUUGCAUCGAGAUGUUCUUCGCCGCCUUGGCACUACGACAUGCGUUCACAUACAAAGUCUACAUGGACAAACGACUGGAUUCCCUUGGCCCUGUUCCAACAUAUGGACAGUACGGUCGCUGUGCCCCCAUGAAGAGCAUCUCCAGCAGUCUGAAAGAGACGAUGAACCCUGGAGACAUGGUUCAGGAUGCCAUCCACAAUUUCUCCCCAGCCUACCAACAGUACACCCAGCAGUCUACACUGGAGCAGGGAGUUACCGCCCCACCGCUAUCCCGUAAUCACAGCUCCGUGAGCUGUCGAGACAACGAAAAAACACUCCUGUUGAGCUCUGAUGAUGAGUUUUAAUUCAAUCACCCUUUGUCCAAAACAAAGGUACCUACUAAGGGACCGUGUAACAGCGAUGUUACGUUAACAUAGGUGCAAGUUAUUAAAGGACCAUCUUAAGCAAGUAGUUCAUGGAUAUAGUGCUGUAUAGUAUGGAUUUUAAGCUGCUUGUACUUGCUUAGUUGUGACUUCUUCUGCGCUUUGUAAGUUUAAUGUUGUUAAAUAAUACAUUCAGCUAUACUUGGAUAUUUGUAGCCAAAUGGUGGCAUUUGAUGUAUUUUUUUAUGUGUGUAGUUUUACAUAAGGGGUGUUUGAACAUCCCAACAUAUUUAUAAAGAGUGUAUUCGACUACGGCGCCGGUCCGGCGGAAAUUUGGCACAGUUACUUUCCUUUGUUUUUGGUUUGAGUUCAAGUGCACCUUUCCUUCUAAGUUUCAACAGUGUUUAUAGCUUCCCCGGUGAUUUAAAAGGAGGGUGUGGCUGCAAUGAGAGAGUACAGUGAGGGUGGAGUGACUGUCGGCUCUUUGUAACAUGCUGCUGUUGUUUUGACUGAAUCGACGGUACAAACCUUGGUUGAUGGUCCAUAAGAUUAUAGAUUUAUAGAAAUCGCCUGUAUGUAGGCCUGGAUAGGAGUGAGCAAUGCUUAGCUCUCCGAACCAUAAGGGUGUAAUUAGGGCAUUAUUUGCCUGGUGUGAUGACACACGAGUGUCACUAUCUAGGUUAGCUGAGAAAUAUAGAUUGAGGUUAUGCUCCGCUCAGGGUAUGCUAGCUUGUCCCUAAAAAUGCCGUUUAUUGUUAUGUGUGUGAAUAAGUAACAACUUGAAAACAAUUUAAAGGGCACUUUUUGUGAUUUUCCCACUAGAGGGAGGCAUAUCUCACAUUUCACACAGUUACACAAACACACUCGUUGCUUAUCUUUAUCGGACACGCCUGUUAUCACUGACCCUAUGAGAGCCACACCAAAGUCUCCCAUUCUUUAGAAGCACCCGUCAUUGCAUAUGUUAAGAUAGCACUAGGCCCUUAACAAGCUAACUUUAUGCUUGUGGUUGGUUAUAUGAUGUUUUGGUGUUACAUAUUAACCGCUGCCCUAUGCUUUUAUUGGUACUAUGUAGGCCAGUUUGAAAACAAAGCAGCUGAAACCAAGUACGAGUUUGUAUGGUACCUGCUUAUUAGUGUGCUAUAGUUUUACAGUUUAUACUUUCUUAAAAGAGAAUUUCUUUUUAAUAUAGAUGUUAUUGCACUAAGCAGUUUUUGUAUAUUUAGGUGAAAUCCAAAUAUUGUAGUACAGUAUAUAUUUUGGCAAGCGAUAUAUGUAUUUUCUCACGUUAUUCAGAGUUAUGGCUUAAGUGAUAAUUAAAGCAUCGAAAGUCCUGUUACGUUUGAAAUACAAUAUUUUGUAGUAACACUAAGAAAAGUAAAUAUUUUCUUUGUACCGUCAUGUUAUUUUAAACAGAGCAUUAUGUAUUACAAUGUCAAAGAUUACGCUUCUAUUUUUUCCCUUUGAUGCUCUGACAAAUAUCUAUGAAACAAUAAAUAAUUCUGUAUGUAUA